CUUAAACUCGGUCCGUGAAGUAACUGAAAACUUGGUCAACAAGCGGCCGGUCCUGAGCUCCAGCCUCAGCCCGCUCACUUCUCCGGCUUCUACUUUGAACCGGGUUUUGUGGCUCCGUGUUCGGCAGCUCGGUGCGGACGGUGUGGCAGAGAGAAGAUGCCGCUGCUCCACAGAAAAGCCUUCGUGCGGCAGAAACCUCCCGCGGAUCUGCGUCCGGACGAAGAGGUUUUUCUCUGUAAAAUCACCCACGAGAUCUUCAGGAGCUACGAUGACUUCUUUGAGAGGACCAUCCUAUGUAACAGUCUGGUGUGGAGCUGUGCUCUGACGGGGCGAGCGGGCCUGACGUACCUGGAGGCGGUGGAGAGCGAGCGGCGGGCCAAGCAGAACCUGCAGAACUUCCCUCAGGCGUUGGUGGUUCCACUGCUCCACCUGGUGGCUGUGAGUGGUCACUGCAGGCUGACGGAACUGUGCGAGGACGUGUACGCGUUUAUCAAAGAGCGAUUCUUCCCUGGAGAGACUGUGGAUGUGACCGGACACAGACAUGUGUGUGAGAUUCUUCAGGUUCACUCUCCUCAGUCCAGCGCUAACGGUCGUGCUAAGCUAUCAGCUGACAGUGACACCAUCGUCAUCAGUGACAGUGAUGAAGACGCCUCUGUCCUCCAGAGUCCAACAGCUCAGGUCAACGGCAGGAAGAAGACAAAGAAGCCUCUGAGUCCGUCUGUCUUUAAAUACACCGUGAGGACGAUGAAGGACGAACAAAGCCAGACGUUCACUGUCAGAGCCAAUCAGAUCAGUCGCAGGAAGUCGUCUCUGUCCAGAGAGAGACUGAAGCUGCUGCUCAAACAACACUGUGAACCUCACAACGGAACCAUCACACUCAAGUCGUCCACAGUGAUGAAGUACCGUCUCUCUGAAAACGCCUUCUCUCAGUUCUUCCCUGAUGAGCCCCCCCUCCUCCCCUUCAGCCCUGGCUCUAAAGGUGGGGGGCGUGGCUCGUGUGGUCAGGCGGAGGAGAAGCUGAAGCUGCUGCAGCACAGGGAGGAGAUGGAGCGAGCGCGUCUGAAGAAGGAGAAGGAGGAGGUGCAGGAGGCCAAGAGGAGGGAGAGGGAGGACAAGGAGAAGAUGAAGGAGGAGCAGAGGAGGAGGUUUGAAGAGGAGAAGCAGAAGAGAAGAGAGGAGAAGGAGCUGAGGAAGCUGGAGAAGGAGAGGGAGAGAGAAAAGUUAAAGGAGGAGAAGAAGAAAUAUGCAGAGCGUCUGAAGCUGUGGAACAAACCCAGAGAAGACAUGGAGUGUGAAGAUCUGAAGGAGCUUCCCAGUCCAGUUCCUGUGAGAACCCGUCUUCCAGCAGGACUGUUUGGAGAAGCUCUGAUGGUUCUGGAGUUCCUGCGAGCGUUUGGAGAAGCGUUUGAUCUGAAGGACGAGUUCCCUGACGGAGUCUCUCUGGAGGUUCUGGAGGAGGCUCUGGUGGGUUCUGAUCCUGAAGGUCCUCUGUGUGAGCUGCUCUUCUUCUUCCUCACGGCCAUUUUUCAGGCUCUGGACGAGGAGCAGGAGGAGGUGACCAAGGACCAGGCCGAAGACCUGUCUGAGCCUCUAGAGGACGACUCUGACCCGACUCGCUCGGCGCUGAGUGCCGUAGCAUCGUUGGCAGGGGCGUGGCCUCAGCUGCAUCAGGGCCGCAGUCUGAAGGACCUGGACCUGGACAGCUGCACGCUCUCAGAGAUCCUGCGCCUGCACAUCCUGGCGUCCGGCGCCGACUGUAACCAUGGCAACGCCAAGCUGCGCUACCAGAAACAGGGCGGGUUCACGCUGAUGGACGACCCGUGCGUGGAGCUGCGAUUGGCCGAGCCGGCGCUGGUGAAGAGGCUGUCGAACACGGCGGUUUACGACCUGACGCCAGGAGAGAAGCUGAAGAUCCUCCAGGCUCUGGUGGGGAAGCUGCUCACACUCGACUCCAGCAGAGACCUCAUCGAGGACAGUGUGGACGAGCAGAAGCUGGCAAGACAAGAACUGAGAGAGAUCAGAGCUGAGCAACAUCGACGACAGAGAGAGGAGGCCGCACACAGGGUGCGUCUCCGUAAAGAGGAGCGUCUGAAGGAGCAUGAGAUGAGGAUGAAGGAGAAGGAGGAGAAGCUGAAGGUGCAGACACACAGUGACACUGCUGCACAACAACAACACACCGACGAUGACGAGGAACAAAACUCUUCAUCGUCCAACAGCAUGAUGACGACUAAAGUCACCCACCCCGUGACCUCUGACCUCAGAUCUCUAAUCUGCAGCAGCCUGACAGCUGAGGAGCAGGAGACGGAGCAGGAGAAGGUGCGAGAGCUGCAGGGGCGGAUCCAGAAGGCGGCCGCCUGCACCUGCCUGCAGCCUCUGGGCAGAGACCGCCUCUACCGCCGCUACUGGCUCCUCCCCUCCACCCCUGCUCUGUUUGUGGAGGACGACUCCUUCGGCCUGACGGAGGACAUGCUGCGGCCACGCCCACAGCACGCCACAUCCAAGAUGUGCGAGAAGGAGGACAUUAAGGAGGAGCCAGCCGAGGGAAGCACUGGCUCCAGCCCCGCCCCCCCCUUCACCUGCGGCCCACCGGUGGAUCGUCCAAACCGCUGGUCGUUCUACAGCUCAGUGGACGAGCUGGAGCAGCUGAUGGACGCGCUGAACCCCCGCGGUCACAGAGAGAGUGGCCUGAAGGAGGCGCUGCAGCAGGAGAGAGACAGACUGCUGCUGCUGCUCACACACACACACCACUGCACGCUCACAGACCGCCCUGAGUCGUCCGGGUCUGUCCCAGAAUGCAGUGCAGCAGCAGAGAUGCUGAUGGAGGUCAGACUGAGAGACCUGCUGCUGGACAUCGAGGACAGAAUCCACCAGGGAACUCUGGGAACUCUGAAGGUGAUGGACAGACGCGUGUGGCGCUCGGCGUUGGAGGCGGGAAACUACGAGCUGCUGUGCUGUGACGACGACGCGGAGGCGGAGUCGAGUCAGCUGAGAGCCAAGGACAGACUCCAGGAGCUCAGGUCUGACGCGGCGAGCGGGACCAGCGGCAGCGGAACUCCUCAGGUCAUCAGCAACUCUGUACGAGUCCUGGCUCUGGCUCUCACUCGCAUCGAGCAAGGCAUCGAGAGACGCUUCCUCAAAGCUCCGCUGGGUGAAGAAGACUCAAAGAAAGACCAGAAAUCAAAGAAGAACAAGAAGAAGGACGAUGACGAGGCCAGUGAAGAUGGAAGUGAAAAUGGUCGAGUGACAAAGACGGUGUUGGAGCGAUGGAGGGAGUCUCUGCAGUCCUGCUCCAGUCUGUCCCAGGUGUUUGUCCACCUGUCCUCUCUGGACAGAAGCGUCCUCUGGUCUCGCUCCGUCCUGAACGCUCGCUGUCGUCUGUGCAGACGUAAAGGAGACGCUGACAACAUGCUUCUGUGUGACGGCUGUGACCGCGGACACCACACCCACUGCCUGAGGCCCCGCCUCAAGAUGGUUCCAGAAGGAGACUGGUUCUGUCCGGACUGUCGACCCAAACAGAGAUCCAGCAGACUCCCGUCUCGACAACGCUCCUCUGUCGACGAGGACGAGCUGGAGGAGGAGGAGGAGUCUGACGAGGAGGAUGAUGAAGAGACUGAGGAGUCAGAAGAAGAGGAGGAGGAGGAGGAGUCAGAGGAGGAGGAGGAGUCAGAGGAAGAGGAGGAGGAAGUGUCAGUGAGCACCAAGAAGAGUCAGGCCCCGCCCCCUAAAGGCAAACAUCAACAGGCCACACCCAAAAACAACACCACUCCAGCGGGGAAGAGCUCGUCAGCCUCCAGGUCCUUGGGGAAGAAGGCCACGCCCCCUACAUCCAAGCCUGCUGUGAUGUCAGCCGCCAAAGCUCCGCCCCGCCCAGGGAGCCGGAACAGUGCCCGUCUGAGCCUCGAGACCCCGCCUCCCAACGGCAGCACGAGGAUCUCACCUGGUCAGAAGAGGUCGCUGACAGAAAUGGCUCCUCCCUCUAAAUCAUCCAGACUCGUCCUCAGUGCCGCCGCCGCCCCCUCCACUUCCUCCAGACGCUCCUCUGGGCGGAGCCACGGCGUCCACGAGCUGUCGGCCUGUGAACAGCUGACGGUGGAGCUGGUGAGACACGAGGACAGCUGGCCUUUCAUGAAGCUGGUGUCCAGAACACAGGUUCCCGACUACUAUGACAUCAUCAAGAAGCCGAUGGCGCUGAGUGUGAUCAGAGAGCGAGUGAACAGCUGUGAAUAUCAGUCAGCAGGUGACUUCAUCUCAGACGUGGAGCUCAUGUUCUCUAACUGUCUCCACUACAACCCUCGUCACACCAACGAGGCUAAAGCGGGAAACCGUCUGCAGCAGUUCUUCUACGCUGAACUCAGGAGGCUGGGCCUGUCGGAGCUUAGCUCCGCCCCCAGCGCCAAACGAUCCCGACACUGACCACGCCCCCACGCCCGCCGCCACCUGUCCUUGGCGUCGGAAACACUUGUCCUUCGUCUCUUCUGUUUUCUACAUGGACCAAACCCAUGGUGACUGAGCAGGAAGUGAUGUCAUCACUCCUCUGACAUCAUCACCUUCUUUGUUAUUAUUUCUUGUUGACGUUGACUGAGCUCAUUAAAUGUUCAUGAAUAGAAAGUUGAUUAUUGAGCAGUUUAGACUUUUGACCUUUGACCUUUGCAUUUCUAGCUUUUGUGUUCUAACUUUUGGAGUGUGUGUGUGUGUGUGUGUGUGUGUAUGUGUGUGUGUGUGAGAGGGGCGGGGUCAGGCUGUCAAAACUACACUGGAGCCACUGCAGCAGCGCCCCCUGCCUGUAUUUAUUUAGUUUCAGUUUGUCUUUAUUUAUGACUGAUAGACUCUGAUGUUCAUUAAUGAUGUAAAAAUAAAUGAGGUUUUAUAAAAACA